GCCGGCGCCGCGGCGGGCAGCGCCGCUCGCGUGUAGCCCCAGGUCGGAGCCGCGGCGGGAGGGGGGCGCGGGGGGAGCCCGGCGGGAGGCCCCGCCGCCGCGCCCCGGCCGCCGAGCGGGGAUGACCCUGUCGGGCGGCGGCAGCGCCGGCGACAUGUCCGGCCCCGCCGUCCCGGCGGCCGAGGAUGUGGAUAUCGACGUGGUGGGCGAGGGCGACGACGGGCUGGGCAAGGACAGCGACGGCGAGGCCGGCAGCCCCGCCGCCCUGCCGCGCCUGCCGCUGGACGAGGCGGCGGAGCCGGCGCUGCCCGCGGAGCCGGGCGCGGAGAGCGGCGGCGGCGGCAGCCCGGCCGAGGCGGCCCCCGGCGGAGCGGCCGAGGGCGGCAAAGGGGGCGGCGAGGAGGGGGCGAGCGGCGGGGCGGCGGCGGCGGCGGGGCAGAGCAAGCCGAAGAGCAGCCUGGUGAAGCCGCCCUACUCGUACAUCGCCCUGAUCACCAUGGCCAUCCUGCAGAGCCCGCAGAAGAAGCUGACGCUCAGCGGCAUCUGCGAAUUCAUCAGCAACCGCUUCCCCUACUACCGGGAGAAGUUCCCCGCCUGGCAGAACAGCAUCCGCCACAACCUCUCCCUCAACGACUGCUUCGUCAAGAUCCCCCGGGAGCCCGGCAACCCGGGCAAGGGCAACUACUGGACGCUGGACCCGCAGUCCGAGGACAUGUUCGACAACGGGAGCUUCCUCCGCCGCAGGAAGCGCUUCAAGCGGCACCAGCAGGAGCACCUGCGGGACCAGACGGCGCUGAUGAUGCAGGGGUUCGGCGCCUACGGCCUCGCCGGCCCCUACGGCCGCCCCUACGGGCUGCACCCCGGCGCCUAUACGCACCCCGCGGCCGCCGCGGCCGCGCUGCAGUACCCCUACAUCCCCCCCGUGGGUCCCAUGCUGCCGCCGGCCGUGCCGCUCCUGCCGUCCAGCGAGCUCAGCCGCAAAGCCUUCAACUCCCAGCUCAGCCCCAGCCUCCAGCUGCAGCUCAACAGCCUGGGAGCCGCCGGCUCCAUCGUCAAGUCGGAGCCCAGCAGCCGCCCCUCCUUCAGCAUCGAGAACAUCAUCGGCGUCCCCGCCGCCAGCUCGGCCGCCAGCGCGCAGACUUUCCUGCGGCCGCCCGUCACCGUGCAGUCGGCCCUGAUGGCCCACCAGCCGCUGGCGCUGGCUAGGACCACGGCCGCCAUCGCCCCCAUCCUCAGCGUGCCUACCAACAUCAUCGCGGGGCAGUUCCUGCAGCCCGCGGCCCCCGCCGCCGCCGUGCAGGCCAAGUGGCCGGCGCAGUAGCCCCGGGCCGUCCUUGCAGUCCCUCCGCCGGCCGCCCCCUCGGGGCUCCGCGGCCGCCGGGGCUCUGAGCGGCGGGCAGCGGCCCCCGCCGCUUGUACAUAUUUGUAUCAAAAAUCACUGACGUUGCUUUCGGGGUUUUUAUUUUUCUAAAGAGGCGAAACGACGGUCGCGAUUUAGGAGCUGCGAACUUUCACUUUUUUUGAAGGUUCCGGCGCUCCGAGCGGUUUUAUCCGAAAUAAACGAACAAACGAGGAAAAAAAAAAUGUAUAAAAAAAUAAGCGGGGGAAAUUUUAAAUAUUAAACGAACGAACAAACAAAAGAGAAUUUUGGAGGGAAAAAAAGAACAAAGGAGAAAAACGCUGUCAUUCUAUUAUAGAAGUCUGUUUAUAUAUGAAUGAAUAUAUGUAUUCUAAAUGUUAUCCCUUCGUGUUGUACACAAUUUGUAAAUAAAUUUUUAAAUGCUCUGCCCGUGUCGGUGUGAGAGGCGUUUCUAUGCGCGCCCGCCCGCAGGACGAGGCUGCAAACCGGGAGGGUGGCGGAGCGGCGGGGCAGCACCGGCCUCUCCUUCUCGCCGAGAGUCGCAUUCGGCCGGUCUCGGUGCGGUGGGAUGUGGGGAGGGGGGUGUCCCGCGGCUCCUUUUGCCGCUGCGGGACUCGCAGCGACGGCCGCCGGCUCCGCUUCCUGCCAGGCCGGCCGGCAUCAUACCUAUUCCUUGGAAAUUAAACCUUUCCGCGCGGAUCCCUGACUCCCUCCUCCGUGCCGUGAUUUUUCCCUAAAUGCACGAAUUUUUCUCAGCCUGGCUGCGGCUCUGCAUCCCUGCGCUGCGCGUUCCUGCCCCUUCCCGCCCGGACUAGGAAAACCGGCGGUGGAAAAGGCAGGCAGAAUGCCGCGGGAGCCGGGAUUCGCUGCGGGAGGAGCUGGACGAGGCGCUGAUUUCCCCUCCGACACCCUCUGGGAACCGCGGGGUUUUAAAAAAAAUAAUAAAUAAAAGUGCCCUCGCUUUUCCGGACGAGGAGAUGCGAAGGGACCGGUUGGCGAGGGCUCCCACCGGCUGGUGCCCGCCCUCCCCUUGCCUGGCGAACCUGCACGCUUAGUGACGGCGAUUUCACCGUGUCGGGAACCCGUGAGAAGGCCAGGUAGCGGAUCUACCGCUGACAACCUCUCCAGAGUUUGUUUCCCGGCUCGCUCCUGCAUCAUGGCUCGGCUCGGGAACGAAAUCCUAGAUGAGCUGGAAAGGAACUUUUUAUAGCCGCAGCCUCUUCCCGGGCUGCCUUGCACCUGCCUGCCCUAGGGAAGCCUUUCUCGUUAUUCUGGCUGCAUUUCAUCCCAAAUUUAUGAAUACCCGGGAGAUAUUUCCCUUACACCAACUCUAGGAGCCGGGAUGCCAGCAGAGCUGCUGAAGCCUCCCGAGACUCCAAGGGUUAAGAAAAGCCGUUUAUCUGCUCAUUAUCGGUUUCUCUUCACUACGGAGAACCCAACCGAGCCCCGCUCAUCUCUGCCCUGCCGUAUCUGUGUGUCCCCAUUGCCUUUUUCAGCCAUUGAUCCGGUCAAAGUCACCGCAAGGAAUACUGGUGACAGGGACUCAAUUCCAGCCGAGGUGACCAAUGCCAGUGUUUAGAAAGCAUUCAAUAAAACAGCUUUCCCGGGCAGUGAAUGAUUCCACCUUGCAACAAAGAGAGCUCAGCUAAUUGAAAUAACGCACUUGACUGCAGCCGGGCGCUCCCGCUCGACUGUACCUGCUCCAGCACCAAAUUAUCGACAACCCGCAAGGUAAAAACUAAAACCUCCUCCUUUUUAGGCUGUAGGAGCCCAAAUGCUCGCAGCCUCGGGGGUAGCUCAGUGCUGCUGUGCUGUGUUCCCCUGCCUCGCCGUUGCGGCUUUAGGGAAUUCUGGGUAUGGAAAAUCCUGGAGGGGAGAGUAAAGGAAAGGAGAGAGGGGCUGGGAGAGGAGAAAAUAGAGCAGGGACUUGCCAUGAGGAUUCGGUCCCAGGCUUAGGCUGGGAAUUCACUGUGUACAGCACAUUUUCCAUGCGAUACACCAUGCCAAAGCCGCAGUAAGGUCCAGGAGAGGUAACCCUUCCUAUGUUCUAAUCUACUUUGUGGUUGACAGGUUUUUAGAACGACACUUAUUCUACAGAUCUGCCAUCCCCAGACAUUCCUUAAGAUCAGAUUGUAUUAACAUCCUAAAAAUGGAAGCAUUUAAUUCAGCAGCAAUGAGUGAUUGAGUAUAAUAGAUGUAGGUAAAAUAUGUAAAAUUUGACGAUCAUAAUCCACCAUUUUCCACAAGAUCACGUCUCCCAAUGCCUUUUCAGUACUGCAGAGCAGUGUGAGUUUUUUUUCCAGUGUAAGACCACAAACUUCCAGUCUCUUCCUCCUGUUUCACCUGAGGGAACACUCGCAAGCAACGACUGCUGAGUUUGCUGAAUUAAGGCAGGCAAGAGGGAUUAUGCUGGGAAGGGUGCCUAGGUGAUUGGCACUCAGUUGACAAAUUGUUGAGACAGUGGAUAUCAGUAUUCUGUAUGAUAUUGCACUGGAAGAAGAGCCAUCUCUGGUGGUAUGGAAUGCUGUAUGUUGCCCAAUGUUUAUGUAUUUUGAAAAGAACAUGUAGAUGGAAAAAAAAAAUCUUAAGGAGAAUUUUGUUUUCCUGUCAUCUCUUGGUUACUUUAACGUUUCUUUUGUAAGAGAUUAUAGAUACUUCUACUUCCAUUUGGGAUUUAAAUCCUUUAUGACUUUCAGUCGUGGGAUUCCGGUCCAAGGAGAGUACUGCUCGCAGCUCAGUUGGAAGGACUGGCUGUGAAAACCUCAGCAGGUGGUGUUGGUUUUAAAAAUAAUUAGUUCUCUACUAAAUUCCAUAUACCAACCUCAGUUACACACACAACUAGAGGAAAACCACAGCAAUCUAAAGAUAAACAGAGACCGUACUUUUAAAUGUCUGCCAGGGUUGUCUAAAGGGCAUCUCGGAUCAUUUAUGUUACACCAUGCACUUUGUCAAGGGCUUAAGGAGGAUCGCAGAGGGUGAAACUCAGAGGCUACAGAGCUGCCCGUGGUGCCCAAGCUUUUCCUUCUUUCUGCUGGUUCCCGGCCACCAUCCUCGGCCACGCGGAGCUGCCUCCGAGCUCUCUGGGGCGACUGAAGAACAAGUCUUGGAGCUGUGACCUUCCUUCUGCAAAAACACAGACACAAGACUCACAGACACGUAAGACAGACACACAAGACACAGACACACUUAGAUUCACGGCCUGAACACCAAUCCCGUCCCCCGUGUGCCCAGACCACGCUUGCCACCAGGAACGCCCCGCUGCGACAUCGCUCCGCUGCGCCGAGCGGCCGCGACCGGGACGUAACCGACACCGGAGCCAUGGAGCAGGUCGGAAAAGCGAACAACCGUCUACUUCCAGCAGCACCGGGGAAGGGGAGGCAAACCUAAACCCCCGGAGCCCCUCCCGCCGCCUCCCCGCGGGCUGGGACAGUGUCGCCCUCCGCGCUCC